AUGGAAACUGUGUUGGAUCAAGCUACUAUCAUUUGUUCUCACUGUGAUCGAGCUAUUCCUGUUGCAAAUGUUGACUUGCAUAAUGCUCAUUGUUCAAGGAACCUUCAAAAGUGCAAAGUUUGUGGUGAUAUGAUUGCCAAAAAGAAUGCUGAGGAUCACUAUUUAACAACUCAUGCACCAGUUUCUUGUUCAUUGUGCAGUGAGACAAUGGAUCGUGAUAUUAUUAAUAUCCAUGAAGGUGAAAAAUGCCCUAAAAGGAUUGUCACUUGUGACUUCUGUGAAUUCCCAUUGCCAGCAGUUGAUCUAGCUGAGCAUCAGGAAGUAUGCGGAAAUCGAACAGAACUGUGCCACCUUUGUAACAAAUAUGUUAGACUUCGUGAAAGAUGCAAUCAUGAAGCCAGUUGCAAUGGCAUCAUUCAAGAUAUAGCUAUCGGCUCUUCAAGGAAUAUGAUGCAAGCUGAAAGAAACGAACGUGUUCAACGAAGGCAGCGGCGGCGGCCGCAGAAUGACUUCUCAACUAAACGUCUUCUUUUCUCAAUAGCCAUCACUGGCAUUGCUGUUAUGCUUGGAUCUUUUUACCUACAGAGAAAGGCAGAUUCAAGUGAGGUGCAUUAG